GGACUGGCUGGUGGUGCAGCAAGCAUCAUGAGUAAGCACAGGGAAGUCUGUCCCUUAUCACGUGUGUAAGGGGAAAAAGAAAGUUUAAACAAGUAUCUUAAGUGGUGUUUCCUCACCGAUGGAGAAUUACUUCCAAGCAGAAGCUUACAACCUGGACAAGGUAUUAGAUGAAUUUGAACAAAACGAAGAUGAAACAGUUUCUCCUAUUUUAUUGGAUACCAAGUGGAAUAAGAUUCUAGAUCCCUCUUCUCACCGACUGUCAUUUAACCCUGCAUUGGCCACUGUGAAUGAACCUGCAGUUUCUAAUGAGUCACAGCCACAACUGAAAGUCUUCUCUCUGGCUCAUUCAGCUUCUCUGACCACAGAGGAAGAGGACCAUUGUGCUAAUGGACAGGACUAUACUCUGAAUCCAGAGAUUAACACAAUGUGGAUUGAUGAAAAUGCCGUUGCAGAAGAUCAGUUAAUUAAGAGGAACUGUAAUCGAGAUGAUCAAUGCAGUACUGUCGAAGUGGGAGAAAAGAAAUGUGGAAAUCUUGCUUGUCUGCCAGAUGAGAAGAAUGUUCUUGUUGUAGCCGUCAUGCAUAACUGUGAUAAAAGGACAUUACAAAGCGAUUUGCAGGAUUGUAAUAAUUAUAAUAGUCAGUCUCUCAUGGAUGCCUUUAGCUGUUCACUGGAUAAUGAAAACAGACAAACUGAUCAAUUUAGUUUUAGUAUAAAUGGGUCCACUGAAAAAGAUAUGAACUCAGAGAAGCAAAUGGAUCUGUUGAAUAGACCAAGUGCAGUGGGGGAUUCUGUUAAACAUACGUGUCCUACUUCAUCUGAUAAUCUAGCCAGUGUCUGUUCCCCUUCACAAUCAAACGAUGAUGAAAAUACAGGUAGAGAUCCCUCCAUGUCUGUGAUUACAAGUUUAACAAUUGAUUCAGUAAUCUCAUCCCAGGGAACAGAUGAAGAUCCUGCUGCUAAAAAGCAAGAGAACUGUACACCAGAUGAGGUUCUCACUGGCAAAACCAGCUCUGCUAGGAUGGAUCUAGGGAGUCCAAACUCCUUUUCCCAUCUGAGUGAGGGGAUUUUGAUGACAAAAGAGCCAGCAGAGGAGAGAACAACCGAAGAAUCGGUCCGAUCUGGUUUACCUUUGCUUCUCAAAACAGACAUGCCUAAUGGAUCUGGAAGGGAUGAUAAUUGUGAACAGUUUUCAGAUUGCCUUGUGCCCAGUGAAGUUAGAGCUGAUGAAAGGGAAGGUUGUGAACGUGAAGAAAUUCUUGGCACUGCAGAACUUCUUAAUAUGACAGAGCAUUUCUCUGAUUCUCAGGAGAUGACUAAUUGGAAACUGACUAAACUAAAUGAUAUGAAUGACAACCAAAUAAAUAAAGAAAAUGAGAAGUUUCUACAGUUGAGUCAGCCUGAGGACAUUUACAGUGAUAGUGGAGGAGACUGUGAUAGAAUGGCAGAAGCAGGUCUAGAUUUAAAAGGAACUUGUGUGAAUGAAAGUGAAGGAUGUGAUUUCUCCACUGUGGAUACACCAGCAGCAAAUUCUGUAUCUAAUUGUGAUUCCUAUGGAAUGCAGAGCCCAGUUGUUUGUUUUGUUCCAAAGACUUUACCCUCCAAAGAAGAUUCAGUAACAGAAGAAAAGGAAAUAGAAGAGAGCAAAUCAGAAUGCUACUCAAAUAUUUAUGAACAGAGAGGAAAUGAAGCCACAGAAGGGAGUAGUCUACUUUUAAACAGUACUGGUGACCUAAUGAAGAAAAAUUAUUUACACAGUUUCUGUAGCCAAGUUCCAUCAGUGCUUGGGCAGUCUUCUCCUAAGAUAGUAGCAAACCUGCAAUCUAUCAGUGUUCCUUUUGGUGGUGCAAGACCCAAGCAACCUUCUAAUCUUAAACUUCAAAUUCCAAAGCCAUUGUCUGACCAUUUACAAAAUGACCUUCCUACAAAUAGUGGAAAUAAUAUUAAAAACAAAAAUGAUGUUCUUGGGAAAGCAAAAUUAGGGGAAAACUCAGCAACCAAUGUAUGCAAUUCGUCUUUGGGAAACCUCUCUGUUGCUGAUACAAAUGGGGAACAUUUAGAAAGCUACGAGUCUGGGAUAUCCAGUAGACCGUGCCUUGCAUUAGCUCCAGAAAGUCCAGAUAAUGAUCUCAGAGCUGGUCAGUUUGGAAUUUCUGCCAGGAAGCCAUUUACUACUCUGGGUGAGGUGGCUCCAGUGUGGGUACCAGAUUCUCAGGCUCCAAAUUGCAUGAAAUGUGAAGCCAGGUUCACAUUCACCAAAAGGAGGCAUCAUUGCAGAGCAUGUGGGAAGGUUUUCUGUGCUUCCUGCUGUAGCCUGAAAUGUAAACUGUUAUACAUGGAUAGAAAGGAAGCUAGAGUAUGUGUGAUCUGCCAUUCAGUGCUAAUGAAUGCUCAAGCCUGGGAGAACAUGAUGAGUGCCUCAAGCCAGAGCCCUAACCCUAACAAUCCUGCUGAAUACUGUUCUACUAUCCCUCCCUUGCAGCAAGCUCAGGCCUCAGGAGCCCUGAGCUCUCCACCUCCCACUGUGAUGGUACCUGUGGGAGUUUUAAAGCACCCUGGAGCAGAAGUGGCUCAGCCCAGAGAGCAGAGACGAGUUUGGUUUGCUGAUGGGAUCUUGCCUAAUGGAGAAGUUGCUGAUGCAGCCAAAUUAACAGUGAAUGGAACUUCCUCUGCAGGAACCUUGGCUGUCUCACAUGACCCAGUUAAACCAGUAACUACCAGUCCUCUACCAGCAGAGAUGGAUAUUUCUCUGUUCUCUGGGAGUAUAACUCAGGUUGGAAGUCCUGUUGGCAGUGCAAUGAACCUAAUUCCUGAAGAUGGGCUUCCUCCCAUUCUCAUCUCCACUGGUGUAAAAGGAGACUACGCUGUGGAAGAGAAACCAUCGCAGAUUUCAGUAAUGCAGCAAUUAGAGGAUGGUGGCCCUGACCCACUUGUAUUUGUUUUAAAUGCAAAUUUGUUGUCAAUGGUUAAAAUUGUAAAUUAUGUGAACAGGAAGUGCUGGUGUUUCACAACCAAGGGAAUGCAUGCAGUGGGUCAGUCUGAAAUAGUCAUUCUUCUGCAGUGUCUACCGGAUGAAAAGUGUUUGCCAAAGGAUAUCUUUAAUCAUUUUGUGCAGCUUUAUCGGGAUGCUCUGGCAGGAAAUGUUGUGGGCAACUUGGGACAUUCCUUCUUCAGUCAAAGUUUCCUUGGCAGUAAAGAACAUGGUGGAUUCUUAUAUGUGACAUCUACCUACCAGUCACUGCAAGACCUGGUACUCCCAACCCCACCUUACUUGUUUGGGAUUCUCAUCCAGAAAUGGGAAACUCCUUGGGCUAAAGUGUUUCCCAUCCGACUAAUGUUGAGGCUUGGAGCUGAAUAUCGGCUUUAUCCAUGCCCACUGUUCAGUGUCAGAUUUCGGAAGCCAUUGUUUGGAGAGACUGGACAUACCAUCAUGAAUCUUCUUGCAGACUUCAGAAAUUACCAGUAUACAUUGCCAGUAGUUCAAGGUUUGGUGGUUGAUAUGGAAGUUCGGAAAACCAGUAUCAAAAUUCCCAGCAACAGGUACAAUGAGAUGAUGAAAGCCAUGAACAAGUCCAAUGAACAUGUCCUGGCAGGAGGUGCCUGCUUCAAUGAGAAGGCAGACUCUCAUCUCGUGUGUGUACAGAAUGAUGAUGGAAACUAUCAGACCCAGGCUAUCAGUAUUCACAAUCAGCCCAGAAAGGUGACUGGUGCCAGUUUCUUUGUGUUCAGUGGCGCUCUAAAAUCUUCUUCCGGAUAUCUUGCCAAGUCCAGUAUUGUGGAAGAUGGCGUUAUGGUCCAGAUCACAGCAGAGAACAUGGAUGCUUUGAGGCAGGCACUGCGAGAGAUGAAGGACUUCACCAUCACCUGUGGCAAGGCAGACGCCGAGGACCCCCAGGAGCACAUCUACAUCCAGUGGGUGGAUGAUGACAAGAAUGUCAACAAGGGUGUUAUAAGUCCUAUAGAUGGGAAGUCCAUGGAGUCUAUAACAAGUGUGAAGAUAUUCCAUGGAUCAGAGUAUAAAGCAAAUGGAAAAGUCAUCAGAUGGACAGAGGUGUUUUUUCUGGAAAACGAUGACCAGCACAGUUGCCUGAGUGAUCCUGCAGAUCAUAGCCGACUGACUGAGCAUGUUGCCAAGGCUUUUUGCCUUGCUCUCUGUCCCCACUUGAAGCUUCUGAAGGAAGAUGGAAUGACGAAACUAGGCCUACGUGUGACACUUGACUCAGAUCAGGUUGGCUAUCAAGCAGGGAGCAAUGGCCAGCCCCUUCCCUCACAGUACAUGAACGAUCUGGACAGCGCUUUGGUGCCGGUGAUCCAUGGAGGGGCCUGCCAGCUCAGUGAGGGCCCCAUCGUCAUGGAACUCAUCUUUUAUAUUCUGGAAAACAUCGCAUAGACAGAGGACUCCAUUGUUUUUCUGUUCAGACCUGUUGCAACAGCAGUCAUACCCAAAUCAUUUGCACUUUAGAACUGGAAGAUUAAGCUUUUGUUAACACUAUUAAACGGGGGGUGGGGUGGGAGUGGGGGCUUGGGGCCAGGGUGGGAAAGGGUAGUCGGGGGGACAGAUGUUCCAUAAUUCUGAGUCUUCUAUGCAUUGUCCACCAAGAAGACCUGGGCAGCUUCUGUUACUGCACAAGUUUAUGCUAUCCUUGCCGCUAAUCCCCUUCCGUUACUGUUUAGACAAAAAUUCUGCUCCUGUUUUAAGAUAUACUUAUGGUCUUGUGCUCAGAAAUGCACAAAUGGGUACAACCAUCACCAAGGACGGGGUUGGGAGGGCAGAGGGGAAAUAAAAAAUGAAGCAUUGGUCUUGCA